AUGUCUCCAACAUUUUCCUAUCUUGAUGUAGACAACAGACAAAAUACAAAAGAUAGGGAGUUUUACAGUAUUUGUGUUGUAGAUGCUGAAGAUCUGAAAGGGGCUGAAGAGGUGCCAGCUACUGUGCAUGGAGAGACUGCAGCAGACAUAGAUAACUCAGCUGUUACUGAUGAAGGAAUGUGCAGCAUGGCACAACCUCUAGACACUGGGGAAGAAUUUCCAGUGCAGCAGUCGACACAAGUGGAACCAAAGUUUAAUUCACAGAAAGAACUGUUUGAGUAUAAAAGAUUGGAUAGGUCAAGCAUACAGGAAAAGGAAGCAAAGGAAUAUCGUAGCACAGACAUCCGAUCUUCUUAUGAUAACUUAUUGGCUAACAGGAGUCAGGUGCAUGGGUUAAAUACUGACAGUACAGUAAAAGAUGGCUUAAGAGUGAAAGUAUUUGAUGAAGUCAUCCCUGAGAAUCAACAGGAGUUGUAUACAAGAGGUCAUGCUGUCAGUUGGAAUGAAUCACUCCACAGCACUUGUGAUUCUGUAAAAUUUGUGAAUGCUGCCGAAGAGGACCGAUGCAGCCCUAAUUCAGAAAAUGCAAAACAUGGUGAUUCCAGUGUAUCAUUAAACACUGGAGUAUGUAAUUCAGGAAAAAAUGAGGAAAGUCAUGGUUCUGACAUACUACCAUUUGGUUUAAGUAGGCAUUCCUCAAGUGUUGUAAGGGAAAUAAAUACUAAACAGGUGGCAGAUAACAUGAGGGGUAACUUUAAAUUAUCAUUGGAGUUACAUGAAACGGACAAUGACUCUUUUUUGGUGAGUCAACAUGUAGAAAAGCUUGCUGAAGAAGGCUACUUCCUAAAGCCAGAAAGUGAAGUGAAUGUGGAAAAGAGAACAUUUCAAAGAACAUCUGGUCAUGGCCAGGUGCUUGCAUCUGACUCUCAUGAACAUCACAGUGUUUUGGAAGAAUACUUGAAAGAUAAAGAGAAAUGCACAGGUACAGUUUUGCAUAGCUGUGAAGCUUUGAAUAUGAUUGAAAUACAUGAAAACCUGGAAGAAAGUUCUGAUUUUCAAACUCAAAUUAAGGGUUGCACUGAAAGCAAGACAUCAGUAGAAGCUGCAAACCAUAGUGGCAUGGAGGAAGAUGUUUUUGUGAGUAUCGCUGAGCUAAAAGGUAACGUGCUUGAGGAAGCUAGUAGCUUGAGCGGAGCUCCAUCAUGGGUAAGUGAUGGCAGUUUGACAUCUUGUGAGCUACAUAACACAGGCACAGAUGAAAUGUUCCUAAAGGAAAACAGCCUAGAAUCUCAGAUUUCACAAGAGCCACCAGGGAAUAAACUAUGCAAAUAUUCAAAUUCAGAUAGCAAAACCAGCUUCUCCUCUGUGUCUGUGGAACAUGAGGGUAUGAUUAAAACUGACAUGAACUGUAGACAAGAUGAGCAACAGGAUACAUAUUCUUUCCACACAGUGGAGAAUCAGUGGAAUGCAGGGACUGAUUUAGGCGAAAUAGCUGGGGAUGUAGUAGAAUCUAUAAAACAGAUAAAAUUUGAAGCUCACCUGAAUGAGAUAGUUGGUAACAAGGCUGAAAAUGUAAAACAGAAUUUGGAUGCUAAUAUUAGUGAUCGUGAUAAAACCAUCUUAAAUUGCAAUAAAGGCUUAACUCACGAUCAGAAUACUUAUUCUAACUCCGCUGUACCUUCGGCUUUGGACAGCUGUAGGUACAAGAGUGUAAACUUGAUAGACACUAAAAAUCAAGAAGAUGCUGUGAAUCUCUUACAUAAAGCCCAUAAUAGUUUACCUUCAUUGUGUCAAGAUGCAUGUUGUCAUGUGUGUGAUAAACCAGUAGAAGAGCCUGAGUUAUGUCACUGUGCCACUCCAGAGCCAGAGGUUGGGAACACCCAAGUUCCUGUUGGGCCUUUUACUGAAGUAGAAUCAGAGACUCAUGAAAACAGUGUGUGUGAUGUAAGUGAGUGUAAUCUGCGGCAUGGUGAAGUAGAACACUGUGUCAGCAUCCACUCAAAGGAGGAGAACCUCGCUGGUUUUAGUACGUCAACUGGGAAUCUAGAAGCUUUUACCACGGGGAAUUUAAAGCAGUUAGAAUCCAAGACUACUGAACUGAAAAGCACCAGUUACAUAUUAAAUACUCAAAUCAAUGACUUGACUGCAGGUUGGGAACAGAUGCAGUCAGAUCACAAGAUUUUCUCAAACAAAGAGUUUGGAGUUUUUGUUGACCCAGAGCAGGUAGACAAAUACGCUGCUACUCCUUCCUAUGAAAUACAUAGGGCCUCACCUGGUGCCUCAACAUUUCAGCGAGGCAAUGAGCUGUGUGUAUUAGAUCUGAUGGAAGAUACACCAAGUGACCAAGAGCACUGCUAUGAACUGGCCAGACAAAAUCCCCACGUUGAAAUAUGGUCACAUUUCAUCAGUCUUCAGACUGGCAAUGCUGACUGGACAAAUCAGUUAUUUUCUGACACCCUUAUUGCUGGUAAUGGUGAAUAUCUGAUGGGCUUUUUAUGCGAUAAUGCAAUUUCUAACAAUACCAUGAAGAAUGACAGACUGUGUAUAGUUAGUGAAAGCUUCCAGAAUGAACCUGAAGACUUAAGAGGAGCUUCAUAUGCAGUAGGAAGAUACCCAUAUCAGCUGCUAGCACCAGAAAAUGUUGCUACUUGGGGAAGGCAAGAUAAAGAUGAAUUUGAGUCAACCAAGGUUUCUGAGUUAAACCCCAAUGCAAAGGUGUGGGGAAAUCAUAUGUUACACUUGGAAGCGAGUGGUGCCACUGAUGGUAGUGUGAGCAAAACGUGGGAAGAAAUACCUGACCAACCUCCAGACUCUUGUAAAGAAGAACUGGAUGCCAGUGGUGAUGGUGACAAAAAGCAUCAGAAUGCAGUGCUGACAGAGCUGCAGGAGCCAUCACCAGUUGUUUCAGUGUCAGACCAGACAGAUAUGAACCCUUUGGCUCUCGAUCAUUCUGAGUAUGAGUCUAUGCAUGAAGCCACCCAGACAGGUGGAAAUGAACAGUUGCAGCCAGAAGGUCAGGAAGAUUUACGAGAAUUACUGAAAAAAACAUUGGAAUUCUGUUUAUCUAGAGAAAAUCUUGCCAGUGACAUGUAUCUUAUAUCACAGAUGGACAGUGAUCAGUAUGUGCCAAUAAUGACAGUAGCAAACCUUGAUCAUGUCAAGAAACUCAGUACUGAUAUGGAUUUGAUUGUUGAAGUGCUGAGAUCAUUGCCUUUAGUCCAAGUGGAUGAGAAGGGAGAAAAAGUUAGGCCAAAUCAGAAUCGUUGUAUUGUGAUUUUACGUGAAGUACCUGAAUCUACCCCUAUUGAAGAGGUUGAAGCACUUUUCAAAGGAGAUAAUUUGCCUAGGUUUAUUAACUGUGAGUUUGCCUACAAUGACAAUUGGUUUAUUACAUUUGAAUCAGAAGCCGAUGCACAGCAGGCUUACAGAUAUCUUAGAGAAGAAGUGAAAACUUUCCAAGGAAAACCGAUUAAGGCAAGGAUAAAAGCAAAGGCAAUAGCUAUAAACACUUUUUUGCCAAAGAAUGGAUAUAGACCUCUGGAUAUGAACCUCUACACGCAGCAGCGUUACACAACAUCCUUUUACUUACCUCCAGUAUACAGUCCCCAUCAGCAGUUUCCAUUGUACAGCUUAAUUGGUCCACAGGCCUGGUCAGCCACCCACAGCUACCUUGACCCUUCAUUGGUAACACCAUUUCCAAAUGCUGGAUUCAUCAAUGGGUUCACAUCUCCAACCUUCAAGCCUGCUGCUUCUCCAUUGACUACACUCAGACAAUAUCCUCCCAGGAACAGGAAUCCUAGCAAGUCUCAUAUACGACAUACAAUACCCAGUGCAGAGAGGGGACCUGGGCUUCUAGGCAGUCCUACAAUAUUCGACUUUUCUGCUGAUCGUUUAAUCAAUGGCGUCAGGAGUCCACAGACGCGGCAGCCGGGACAAAACAGGACACGGAUGCAGAAUGCUACUACGAGUUAUACCAAGAGGGAAGUGGGAACUGGACGGAUGGAACAGACCAGUGUUGACUCGUCUCCUGGAUUAGGUAGAGGAAGGAAAAACUCAUAUGGCUACCGAAAGAAAAGGGAGGACAAGUUUACAAGAGGCCAAACACAGUCUCCACCACCCCCAAAACCUCCAUCUCCUAGCUUUGAAUUGGGUUUAUCUAGCUUUCCUCCAUUGCCUGGGGCUGCUGGCAAUUUAAAGACCGAAGACCUUUUUGAAAACAGACUGUCCAAUGUGGUAAUAGGAACGACAAAAGAAAGAAACAUUAACGUUGAUGCAAGUACAAACACUAUUCCGUCGGGAAUUCCUCGAGAGCCAGUGUUGCCAGUUUCUUCUACAUUGCCCAGGACGUUUGAAAGGUCUCCUUCGCCACCCCAGUCUUCUGAGGACUCCAAGGUUGUGGAUAAACCGCAGAAAGAGACACAGAGUACAGAAAGGCUUUCUUCUUCCACACUCAGUACUGCAUGUAAAUCGGUACAAGUCAAUGGGGCUGCCAUAGAACUUCGAAAACCUAGUUAUGCAGAAAUUUGCCAGAGAACAACCAAGGAUCCUCCUACAUUGCAACCCCAGAAAGAACAGAAGCCAAACACUGUAGCAUGUGGGAAAGAAGAAAGAAAGCCCACAGAAACAAUAGAGAAAAACAGAGAACCUCCUCCUGCAAAGUCACAUCCUGGACAACCCAAAGACCAGAGGAGACAGUCAGGACGCAGAUCGUCCCCUCCAGCCGUUGGCAAACGUUUAAACAAAGAACAGAGCACCCCUCCAAAAUCUCCUCAGUGAAACUAACACCUGGGGGGGAUUUGAAAAGAGGUCUGCUUCCCACAAAUUAAACCCAUGUUCCCACUAAGAUACCUGAGAAUGAGUUGCUGGUUAGGAGCUUGCAGUGAUACUAGGC